AUGGCUCUGUGGACUCCUUACGCGCAAGAAGCUGCCCUGGACUUGAGCACGCACGCGGUCAAAGCGGAGAGAGCAUCUCCGCUUCCAGCCAGCAGUGCUCCUCAGUCCCCAAAUCUAUCAGGAUUGUAUCCAACAUACGCGGACUCCCAGUACUACGCCACGUACCCAUACCAGCCCGUGACAUAUGCAGUACCUUCAUCGAUGUCUCCUGAAUCCAUCGGGAGCUGGUCACACGGCAAACAAACCGCGCCAUCUCCGCCUGACUCACCGGAAUUCUACGACUCAGAAUCACUGUCUGACGACGUGGAGUACCAGGCGUUUGAGCGAGACGCCCUGCGAGCGAUGGCAGAGAAGAACGGAGGAACAUUGUUGGGGAACAACCCGAGGAUGCGGCGCGCUGUGCAGACCAGCCAGGCUGCUGAUGACUCGUACAGGAAGCAAAGAGAGAGGAACAACUACGCUGCUAAGCAGAGCAGGGAUCGCAGGAAGCUGAGGGAAGUUCGCCUGGCCUUCCAAGUGACGUAUCUGAAGAAGAAGAUGGCGGAUUUGCGAGCGAGACUGAGCGCCGGCGUCUGUGGACGAUGCCGACAGGUCUGCGAGUGUUGA